AUGAGCGAAAUACCGAAUAAGGAAGGGCAUGAUGUUCGAUUUUUAACGUUCAAUGUUAAUGGAAUCCGCACCUUGUUCCACUACCACCCCUUUAGCAGCAUGAAUAGUUCACUUUCGCGGGUUUUUGAAUACUUUCAAUCAGAUAUUAUCACUUUCCAAGAGCUGAAAACAGAUACUUUGUCCUUAAGUAAAUGGGGGAAGGUUGAUGGUUUCCACUCUUUUAUCUCUUUGCCCUUGAAACGAAAGGGUUACGCUGGAGUUGGCUGUUGGGUUAGGAUUCCGAAGCCAGGGGAUUCCAUGUUUUCUGCGUUACAGGUAACAAAAGCCGAAGAGGGCAUCACUGGUUAUCUCCAGGUGAGGGUUGGCAAAACCGCAACAAAGUACAGAGACAAUCAAGCCGUAGGAAUAGGCGGGUACGAAGCCUUAGGUAUUGAAGACGAAGCAGAUGCUCUUAGUAUCGAUUCUGAAGGCCGAUGUGUCAUGGUGGAAUUGAAGUGCAACAUGGUUGUCAUAAGCACUUACUGCCCAGCAAAUUCGUCAUUAACUGAUGAAGGAGAAGAAAUGAGGAUCAGAUUUCUUAAGGUCCUGUUCAGGCGUAUACGUAACCUGCAGGCUCUAGGCAAGAGAGUUGUGCUCAUGGGUGACAUCAAUGUUUGCCGCGACCUCAUAGAUCACGCUGAGGCUCUCAAAGAGACCCAUAUAUUUGUUACAGAUCUUACAAAGGGCACACAGGUUGAGCAGACUUAUUCCGCAUUUGUUAAAGACUUCAUCUUUGCUCCUUCUAGGCCAGCACGAAGAUUGCUGAAUGAAAUGCUUGCAGAUUCGGUUCUAAAACCCUUUGCUGAGUCUGGAAGCUUGAUUGACACAACGAGGUACAUACAGGGAAGGGAUAGAAUGAAGAUGUACACAGUUUGGAAUACUUUAAGGAACUCUAGGCCGGUAAACUAUGGAUCCCGCAUUGAUUACAUACUUGCGACGGCUGGUUUGAAGAACGACUUAAAAAAAGCUGAUAUAUGGCCUAAAAUAAUGGGCUCUGACCAUUGCCCUGUGUUCGCAGAUAUCCAGCUUCAUUACGAAGCAGAGGGGGGCCCUGGAGAUCCGUGCUUAGCACCGCCUUUUGAAGCAAAGCAUAGACAUAAUCUCAAUCAUAGAGACAUUUUGAGUAUGUUCUCUAGGCCAACAAAAUCCAAUUUGAAAGAUUCGAACAAUUUCGGGCCGGGCCCGUAUCGCGUUCAGAAAAAUACAAGCGCAACAGCGCAGGCACGGUUACUGUCAACUUCCUCGAUUCAUCGCAGCAUAAUUUCAAAUGAGAGUCGGACAAAGAACGCGGGUAGUUCCUCAAUUAAAAAACCAGAACCAUUCUUCCAGAUGCUGAAUGGAAUGCUUGGCAAACCCCCAUUGUGUAAGCACAACGAAAACGCAAUUCUGAGGACUUCAAAGACAAAGAAUAAUCCAGGCAAAAAAUUUUGGGCAUGUGCAAGGCCGACCGGUGAUGAGAACAACAAAGAAGCAUCAUGUAGUUUUUUUCAGUGGAAAUGA